AUGGCGACAGAAGCCGUGAUGGUCGCAGAGGCGCCCGCUGGGGCAUCCAACGAGGUCAAGCUCUUCGGCAAGUGGUCCUUCGCAGCGGAGGAGAUCACGGUGAACGACUUGUCGCUUGCCGACUACAUCGCCGUCAAGCACGCCAUCACCGUGCCGCACACUGCCGGCCGUUACUCAGCCAAGCGCUUCCGCAAGGCGAACUGCCCGAUCAUUGAGCGGUUGACGAACAGUCUGAUGAUGCACGGGCGCAACAACGGCAAGAAGAUGAUGGCGGUGCGCAUCGUGCAGCACGCCAUGGAGAUCAUCCACCUGCUCACCGACCAGAACCCCAUCCAAGUCAUCGUCGACGCCAUCGUCAACAGCGGGCCGCGCGAGGACGCGACGAGGAUCGGGUCGGCGGGAGUCAUUCGGCGCCAGGCCGUCGACAUCUCGCCGCUGCGACGAGUCAACCAGGCCAUCGCGCUGCUGACGACGGGCGCGCGCGAGGCGUCGUUCCGCAACGUGAAGACGAUCGCGGAGUGCCUGGCGGACGAGCUCAUCAACGCCGCCAAGGGCAGCUCCAACAGCUACGCCAUCAAGAAGAAGGAUGAGAUUGAGCGUGUUGCCAAGGCCAAUCGUUAA